CCUGACACAACAUCUUAUUCUCAAAGCAGAAAUUCUCGCAAAUUUUGAGAGCUAUAACCCGGGAAUGAUUAAAGAACUCAUCGAAAUAUACAAACUUUUGAAUUAUAUCAACAGAAGAGGAAAGACACUAAUAGUUCAAUGCAUAGAUCAUGACUUUUAGAAAAAUAUAGUAAACAUAGUAUCAUCAGUAAUUGCAAAGUUGAGAUGUCAUGCACUGCAAUACAUAAAGUACAAGAGCAUAUUUUUUAUGAAGAUACUGUGGAAAUACCGUCCUCAAAGUUGCAGAUUUGCAGCCUUAUCUUUAUACUUAGAACAACCAUGAGAACAUUUGUAUAACCUUAUUACAAUAUAAUAUUUCGCAUAGUUCUGGCUCCGCCCAUGUUGUAUAUAAAAUAAUAGUUUAAAUAAUCAAAAACUAGAGGUCACUUCUUAAAACUAUACAUAUUUACUUUACCGGAUAUGGUUUUUAUUUCCUUCAAAUGUUUCGAUAAAAUUAACGCAACUUCCUGGUUGGCGAAUUAUAUCGAUGAUGGCCUGGUCCAAGAUAACGUCACGAAUUUUUUUUCAAAACUCGCAGAAUUUUGCGAAAUUUUUGAUUCAUAGGAAUAUCCGUAGACCAAAGUCGUCUUCUUCUAAAUUUAAGGAAGACUUAAUUUAUAUAAAUUCACAAAAAAUUAACUACCUGAAAGUUGGUGAAGGCCCGAAAAAUAUUGUUUGCUUUCCUGGUACUCUUGGAACAAUUUGGACAGACUUUCAACCACAAAUCGAAAACUUAAAUAAAGAGGAGUUCACAGUAUAUGUUUGGGAACCACCAGGUCAUGGAAAAAGCACACCACACGAUAGAGUAUACACUUCAAAGUACCUUCAAGAAGAUGCUGAUAUGGGUUAUGAAUUCAUUAAAGCGAUUGGAUUGAAAUCCUUUUCGUUACUUGGCUGGAGUGGUGGGGGUAAUGCUGGAAUGAUUUUCGCAGCUAAAUAUAAAAAUAUUAUCGAUAAAAUGGUGUUAUGGGGUUGCUGCUCGUAUCUAACAAAAGAAGAUAUUGACAGAUAUGAAAUAACACAAGACAUAGAUAAUUGGUCAGAAAAGAUUAAGGCCCCGUUAUUAAAAAUUUAUGGUGAAGAAGCUCUACGAGAGAUACAAAACAGUACAUUUCAGGCUAAUGUGGAUAUUUUAUAUGAAGGAGGUGAUAUUGCAGCUACUCUCCUAAAAUAUAUUGAAUGUCCUACUCUCAUCUUACAUGGGGCUAAAGAUCCAUUGGUAUCCCCCAAACAUGCUCAGUAUCUUCAUGAGAAUAUAAAAGGAUCAAGGUUACAUAUAUUUCCAGACGGCAAGCACAAUAUACACCUACGUUAUGCAAAUGAAUUCAAUGAAAUCGUAACAAAAUUUCUUUUAGAUGAAGAUCAAGUGAAGAAGUUGAUGGAAAAUUAAUGUUUGUUUAAGUUGUCCAUCUCGAGUCUUCUAGACCCCUAUAGGAUCCCUUAGAGGCUUAGAGUUUUUGCAAGUUAGGAGAAACGGUUUUGUUUUAUGUUGACUUGGUGUUGCUGUGUUCCAUCAUCACUUCAGCCACAUCACUAUUGAUUGUUUAUCCCUUAGUUCAUCACUACUUUCUAAGCUUAGGGCUUGAACUCCUGAUCUUUGGGAUUAGGAGAACAGGGUCUGAAGCAGCAUACUAACCAACCUAAAUUUGGAAUAAUAGCUUACUAUUGAUAUGAAUUGUCAAGAGAUAUUAAUGUAUUUAUACUAUGUCAUGAACUCUCAAAAAAUUUUAAAUAAAUAAACCAUUA